AUGUCGUUCCCAGAAUCCGAAAAAUAUUCCCCCUCCAAGCAACCGAAACACCUUACCAUGAGCCCAACCCCCUCGGGCGACUCAUUGUACUUCGGCUCCAGUGUUGCGCUCGAACAACGGAGGCAGUCCGAAGCCGAAAUGAACAUGAAUGAUGCUGCUUCCCACCAAGCCGAGGGGCAGGAAGGUGCUCUCGGAGGCAUUGAAAACCAAUUCAAUUGGAUGGCGCCUAGCGGCUCGAUUUCUGAGUUUGGGAAUUCCGUUAGCUCCGCCACCCAAGAGAAGAUUGUCGCCGCUAAGGAUACUCUAAUGGAGGGAGCGUUACCUGCUGCGCAAGGAGCGAUACGUACCGUUCAGGGUCACAUUCGCACCAUCUCAGGUGGAUCAAAUGAAGUCGAGGAGACGGUAUCUCAAGGUAUGUUCUUGCUUCCAUGA